CGAGGGGCGGCUCCGCUCUCUCAGUUAAAUAGCAAGUGUUGAGAGCAGAGACGGUGGCGCCGCUACUCCCCCGGCACCUGCAGCGGUCCCUCCCGGCCAUGGACAAGAGCGGACAGGACGGGGGAUCGCGAAAGCCUUCUGGCCUCCUGCUCCUUUGCGUCUUCACUGCGGUGCUGGGAUCCCUGCAGUUUGGUUAUGGAACCGGAGUCAUCAACGCCCCCCAGGAGGUUAUUGAAAGGCAUUAUGCUCGGAUCCUCCACAUUGAGCAAAACGAGACCGUGGCUGGGAAUCUCACACGAGCAAUGAGCCCACUGAAGGACCGACGUGUAAUCGUUUACUGGACGCUGUCCGUCGCUGUCUUCUGCGUUGGGGGAAUGUUCUCAUCCUUCUUUGUUGGGUAUCUGGCAGACAAGCUGGGCAGACUGAAGGCGAUGAAGGUGCUCAACAUUCUGGCAAUAGCUGGUGCUCUGCUCAUGGGUCUGGCCAAACUGGGCCCAUCACACAUCAUGGUCAUCACAGGGAGGGCCAUCACUGGCAUUUAUUGCGGUCUAUCGUCGGGACUGGUGCCCAUGUACGUUGGGGAGAUCGCGCCCACCAGUUUGCGCGGGGCGCUGGGUACAAUUCACCAGCUGGCAAUCGUCACUGGGAUCCUACUGAGCCAGGUGAUUGGUCUGAGCUUCCUGCUGGGGAACGACCGGCUGUGGCCACUGCUUCUCGGGCUGUCGGGCGCACCAGCCAUCCUGCAGACCAUCCUCCUGCCCUUCUGCCCUGAAAGUCCGCGCUACCUCUACAUAAAGCUCGGCAGGGAAGAGGCAGCCAGGAAGGGUCUGCGCAGACUCCUCGGAACAUCCGACACUGACAAGCAGAUUGCGGAGAUGAAGAAGGAGAAGGAGGAGAUCGAGAAGGAGCCCAAGGUUUCCAUCGUGCAGCUGUUCUGCUCCUCCAGCUACCGGCAACCCAUCAUCGUGGCUCUGAUGCUACAUGUCUCCCAGCAGUUCUCUGGCAUCAAUGCGAUUUUCUACUACUCCACAGCCAUCUUUCAGCAGGCCGGAGUCUCUCACCCGACGUAUGCUACAAUUGGAGUUGGGGUGGUGAACACAAUCUUCACUGUGGUCUCGGUCUUCCUGGUGGACCACGCUGGCCGGAGGAGCCUGUUCAUCAUCGGCCUGGCUGGGAUGUGCAGCUGUGCCAUCCUCCUGACCUUCGGGCUGGCUCUGCAGCACACACACAACUGGAUGAGCUACCUCAGCAUGUCGGCCAUCUUUAUUUUCGUCGCUUUCUUUGAGAUCGGACCGGGCCCCAUCGCCUGGUUCAUCGCGGCCGAGUUGUUCAGCCAGGGUACCCGUCCAGCGGCAGUGACCAUCGCCGGCUUCUGCAACUGGACCUGCAACUUCCUGGUGGGGAUGUGCUUCCCAUACAUCGAGGAGUUGUGUGGCCCCUACGUGUUUGUCAUUUUUGCCUGCUUGCUCCUCGGCUUCACCCUGUUCACCUACUUCAGGGUGCCUGAAACGAAGGGCAAGACAUUCGAGCAGAUUGCCCAAGGAUUCCGACGCAGGAAGUCCUCAUCACGACAACCCAAAGCCUCUGCCACUGAACUGGAACGCUUGAGCAGCACAGAGGCCUAGCAGAGAGGUGGAGGAAGAGGAGGGGCACUCAACCUUGCCCUUGUGCACGGCACAGAGGGAGUAUUUCAACAGGGACUGGAGCAGGAACCACACAACGUGAGGCGUAUGUGCCUGUGGAAGUCAUGUCACUUUUGAGCUACUGUUUACACUCUUGACUUGCCCUUCGGGGAGAAUCAGAAUUGUCUGUCCUGCCUGCUCGUAUUGCUUGAAGAAUUGGCCAAGUGAAAGCACUGGGAUAAAAGAUAUUCUGGUUUGUGAAGGGUUGUCCUGGGCUCCCACUGUCAGGGUGUUUGUUCAGGAACUGAACUGUGAUCUUGAAAAACGAGACGAGACGCCCCGUCAUUUUCUGGGGCUCGGUUUGUGUUUUCUUCGAAUGCUUUCACUGGGGAGAGGGGGUGAUUGGUCAAGCGUCAUUCUCAGGUCUCCGAGGACCUCUCGGCCGUUGGUUUCACCGUGGACAGUGGUAGCAUUGCCCUGGUGAAAAGUACUCAUGCUGCUUCUGAACAAGGGCCCAGAGUUUCCUCUCUGCGGCCUUGUCGUGUGGCUUCUGUGAAAUCCAACUCUUUGUUGCACUGAAAGGAGAGACUCGGCCGUCUGUGUUGAGUGGGUCGGAAUAACAGAGCCACUUCAGAAUAGGUGAGGGAUUCCGGGGUGAAAUUCAACUGUGGCAAGUGUUGGUGCCCUCAGCACACUCCUGACCUUCGGUGUAACCAUUAUGGAGAUGCAACCUGCUGGAAGAACUCAGCUCACCGAAGCUGGGCUUCCACCCGAAAUGUCGACCGUCCCUCUCCCCCCAUAGAUGCUGGUCGACCCGUUGAGCUCCUCCAUAGGUUACUCGUUGCUCGAGUGGAAAGGUUGUGGUGGGCCAGGUGAAUUGCCCACCCAAUUCACUGCCACCCACUUGGUAUCUGCCCCCCCAAGUCCACGCCAUUGAAUUUCAUCCCCUGCACCUUUGCACACAAAGUUGAGGCCAGUAUUAUCGGUCCAACAGUAUUGUUUUAGAAUUAUUACAUCGGCUCCUGAUGACCUGGUGCCGAGGUACAGUUUACAGGUUGGGGGAAGGGUGGGGGG